CAUAAUAAAAAAGUCGGCCGCCAAAGUUACGUGAAUAGAAAGCACGCAGCACAACACUUUCACAUUUCUCGAGACGCCAGUCGUCCACGUUCAUUUGCAGUCUCAUCGCGCUACUCGUCGCCUCAACAAACGCCGCUCUUCCCGAGCCUCUCCAAAAACAGAUUUUGCACGGUACGAAUAUGUGGAGAAGCCAAAGUGUUCAUUCCUGCCUCCUGGUUUUUUUGGUCCUAAUAGACGUCAUUGCUGGAAGGCCGGUGGACCAAAUUAAUGCGAUCUCAAGCUUUGACGUUGCUACACAAAAUGGAAGCAAUAGUCUGAACGGCCUCCAGAAAUUGAUCUAUAACUACCUGGAGCCCAAGCCUAUUGUGGAUACAAUUAAAGAGCAGGAAAAGUACGGCAAUGACGGCGACGUUCUCGGAGGUGUUGGCAGGGCCAUUGUGGGAGGCACCGAGUCUCUCAGCGUUUUCACAGCCAACACCAUCAGCUUGCCUGGAUCGGUUUUCAGAAGACUGAUUUCCCGGUUGACUGAUAAUCUCGGCAGGAUGGGAGCGCAAAUCGUUGGACUUUAGGAUAAAUAAUUCAAAAUUUCGUAGCUCGAAAAUUGAAGAAAAGUUACCCUGUCCGUAUGAAAAUAUUUGCAUAUUAUUUAUAAAAGCUUCCUUCGGAUCCACAUUUUAUAGCUCGCGCACAAAUAAAAAUUUGUGAAACAAAAGAAAUUGCCUGGAACACACUCAGACUGGACUUAAAUAUGUCAUAAGAUUAAUAGUCUCCUGAUAUUCUCCAUAAAUAAUUGUGAUUUUAUGAAGUGUCAUUGCUGUAGAAUAUAUUCUCGAAGCCAAAAUGAUUAUUUUUUCAGUUCCGCGAAAAAAUAAAGUGAAAAAGCUAUCAUUUCAUUUUGAUAAA